AUGGUUUCUAUACUCCAGCUCCCAGACAGUCUACAGACAAACGACGAGCAUUACAACGAUAUGUACACCAGCAUCGCAAAAUCUACUCUCUUCGUCGCUCUCGGCCUCCUCGCGUCGUUCGCGAGCGCCAACCCAUUACCAGAGCUCGAGAAACGCAUUACAUGCCAGCUCAACUACAUCCCAGCGUGCUGCAGCUUUAUGGAAUGGGAGUCGUGGCCCCAAGUUGUACCUGGAUUAAGCUCAGGGUGUACUCCACUGGCCUCCGAGCCAAAUCAAGUUUGCCCUGCCGGUGCUCUGGCCCUUGGAUGCUGCCAGCAAAACUUCUUCACUGCUGGACAGCUUCAGUAUGGUGCCAACAACCAGGUCUACUGUUACGGCCAAUCGUAA